UUUGGUACUUUGAUAUUCUCACGGGCUCUUGUUUUGAAAAGAAUCCGCCGGAAGAUGUGUGUGACGCAGCGUUGUGGCGUCAACAACACUGAUCAGACGGACCCGCCGCGGCUCCUCUCGUCCAAGACUCGUUUUAAAUACACCACAGCACGGACUGCCCUUCGCCCAUCCACAGUACACCUGUGUGUGAGGAACAGAGUGUGUGUUUGUGUGUGUGUGUGCGUGUGUGUGUGUACUUGCACGCCUGCUUGACCCGACCGCGCAGUGUUGUUGUGUAGGAGUGUGUGUGCAUCUGUGUUGCGAUGUCGGCGGAGCUUCUGGUGGACCUGGGCGAGGACGCGCUGGCCCCCGAGUUGGACCGCCUCAAGCUGUCCCCCCUGGAGGACCAGAAGUGGCCCCCGGAUGCGUUGGCCAUGAGCAACUCUGAGAUGGAGAUCUCUCAGAGCUUGGCCGCGGGCUCUCCCCACCUGGCCUGGGACCACCCCUUCUACGACAUCGCCAGGCACCAGAUCAUUGAGGUGGCAGGCGACGACAACUUUGGCCGGAAGGUGAUUGUGUUCAACGCCUGCAGGAUGCCCCCGCACCAUGAGCUGGACCAUAAAAAGCUGCUGAUGUAUCUGAAGGGAACCCUGGACCAGUACGUGGAGAGCGACUACACGCUCAUCUACUUCCACCACGGGCUGACGGGCGAGAACAAGCCGUCCCUGAGCUGGGUGCGAGAAGCCUACAAGGAGUUUGACAGGAAGUACAAGAAGAACAUCAAGGCCCUGUACAUCGUCCACCCCACCAUGUUCAUCAAGACCCUGCUCAUUCUCUUCAAGCCCCUCAUAAGCUUCAAGUUUGGGAGGAAGAUCAACUACGUGAGCUAUCUCAGCGAACUUGAGGACGUGGUCAAGUGCGACCAGCUUGUCAUUCCCGAACGGGUCCAAGAGUAUGAUAACAAGCUGCGGUCGUCUCUGAAGCCGUCUGCCCAGCCCCCCAUGUCUCCUCCCCGCAGCCCCCCACUGCCAAACCAGCUGUUUGGGGUCCCCCUCGCUGUGCUGCGACAGAGAAGCCCAGAUUGUGAUCCAGUUCCUGUUGUGAUGAAGGACACCAUCAGCUUCCUGUCGGAGCGAGGUCUGGAGAUCGAGGGAAUAUUCCGGCGUUCUGCCAACGUCACGCUGGUGAAAGAGGUCCAGCUCAGAUAUAACUCCGGCGAGGCGGUGAGCUUCCACGAGAUGGAGGACUUCCACCUGGCCGCCGUCAUCCUGAAGACCUUCAUCAGGGAGCUGCCGGAGCCCCUGCUCACCUACCAGCUCUACAACGACGUCGUCAACUUCGCAGCUGUGCCCAGCGAGAACCAGGUGGCGGCCAUGAAGGCCCUGGUGGCGACCCUGCCCGAAGAGAACUACGCCUCGCUCCGAUACCUGGUCACCUUCCUGGCACAGGUGGCGGACAACAGCGAGAUCAACAAGAUGACCAACAGCAAUCUGGCCGUGGUGUUCGGUCCCAAUCUGCUGUGGGGGCGGGACAACGCCAUGUCACUCAGCGCCAUCGGACCCAUCAACAACUUCACCAGAACCCUGCUGGACCAGCAGCAGUAGAAAACCCCGCCCCCUUCCCUCCUCUGGCCAAUCAGCGUUGGCCUCAGAUAACGGCGCCUCGUCUCGAGAAAACCUGAUCCCCAGACCAAAUGUUCCAAGGGUACUUGUUCCUUCGUAUCGCUUCGUCUGCAGCCCUGUUGUCAGGUGGACCAUAUGUCCUCUUAUUUGUUUUAGUAUUAGUUUGUUUAAUUUGGUAUUUUGUUGUGGUCACAAUUUUGAAUUUGCAUUUGUUAGCCUUUUUUUCUAUUUGUUUCUAUAAGUUUGUGCCAAAUCGCCGUAACCUCCCUCCCUUUCGGCAACGUGGUUUUGACAGAAGAUAACCACUCUGUUAUGACCUAAACCUAGUCUCAAUCCAUCGCCAGAGAACCCCUGUAGCCACUCCACCUGGCUCAAUCCCUGAUGACCUUUGACCCCCGAGUGACCUUGAACCAGCCCCUCCCUACUUUCAUCUCCCCCCUGGACACUGUUGUUUAGGCAGCUGACCCCCCCCCCCCCCUCCCGAUCUUUAUUCCUCAUCUUAAAAAAAAAUACAUAAAAGGAGUCUCUACUCUCUAGUCUACGCAGACGUCGAGAUCUGUGUACAUAUUUCUCGGUGUUAACUUCUCGUGUCUUUUUUCCAACUAGUAGAAAACGAUAGAACCGCUUUCGGCGUUUAGACACCCGUUUUGGCGGUUUGUAUUCGUGUGCGUGAGUGUAACCCCGGAGGUUGUUUCCGUGUCGUCGAGUCUUCUGGUGUCUUCCUCUGCUUCUGUGUGCAACGCCAAAAAAAACAUAGAAACACGAUUUUAAGCUUUGUCCGCCCCGACUGGAGCGUUCGUAGACGAGGAGGUUCUGUCGUGUGUCUUCUGCUACGAUCAGCUGGUAGAGUCAUGGGUUUAGUUUCAGUUUCGGUUUUUUUCUUCUGAAUCAUUUUCUUCCACCUCAGCGUCGUUGCAUUGGCUUUACAUUUUAGCUUGCUAUGUGGACUCCAUAGAUAUUAUCGGCCCUUUCGGACACUUUGAUCCGGGGUGCUUUCGACGACGGCUGAUGUGUUGUCACUUGGUUGGUGGUACCCGGGACCAAAAAAUAGUACACAUCUGAUGAAAAUAAAUAUGAAUUUGAAUUUGCUUUACUGACUCCCCCAAAGAGAGAGAGAUAGUGACGUUAUAAUACUACUACUGCUUAUAACGUAUUUACCAAGCUCCGCCGUCAUUCGUAGUCACAUUAGCUGGGUUCCAGGGCUGUGGUUGCAUUCAGACUCUUUCAGACAGGUGUUUCAUGACUGGGACCACACAUUUCUGCUCAUCGACAAUCUAUCCGGUUUGGUUUGGUUUGUUCAUCUGCUGCUGUUGGUCUUUUUUGCAGGGUUGGGUUGAAUGAGUUGUAGCACGUUGUAGCACUGCUCUGGAAACGUAUGAAGACCUACCUGUUGAUUUAAACCAUAUAUAUAUAUAUAUGCCUCACAUCGCUCUAUUCUUAUUGGCUAAAAUAUUGCUAAUGCCGUCACUUGAUGCUCAUUUCAGCCAAUUGUAGACGGCGGUGGUGUUUGGGGUCCAGUUUCUGUCGUUUGAGAUCAUUUGACCAUUUAAGGUAACCUCAAACCCAUUUCUGGUAGUGACUUGUUGGUGAUUGGUUUUGCAACGCAUCAUCUUUAGAUAUUUCUCCAGCCAGCUCCAGGGUUGCCUUAGCGAUGUUGUUUGGGUCAACUGUGUACGUUAACCUCAUGCAGUGCAGCAUUUUCCAUUUUUUUUCCCUUUGUUAUUUGUUUAUUUAUUUGAAAAGAAAUUAGUUUAUCCCGCAUUGGUUCCCCUUUCUUUGACCAUUUCCAAACAAUGGAACUCACCCAGUGUUGUCCUGAAACGUUUGUGUGGAUGUAGGGAUGUAAAGCAACCUAGAGAAGGUCUGGUCGGCUCCCCCCUAUUCAAACUCUGCAGUGUUCUCCUCUAGUCAGGUGUUUCUGCCGCAGAACGUGAACGGUGGAAGUGUCUUAAUGGAACGUAGGCUUCAAUAAGUUUAAAAAAUGACCUGUUUUUUUUCCAUCUACCUCUCGACAUGUUUGGGGACGGUCACUUAGUGUGGUAAAUCGUACCCCAGCCUUCAACUCCUGGGAGUCCACAUUGGGCUUUUAUUUUGAAAGGGCAUCACGAAGGCCUCGGUCCUGGCAUGCUGAUACAAGGGUUAUUCCCCUCAACACCAUGGCGAUGAGGAAGGGCUACAUGUCUGGGGACUAUAAAUGCUACUAGAUGUAUGGGUCAUGUAGGGUUUCUCUUGCAGCGCACGACGAUACGUAAUUAUGGACAUUUAGUAAAGCAAAAAAAAUUAAACCUGUAGCCUUUUACGGGAUUUAUUGUUCGAUAUAUAGUGUGUUCGUUUUAUGGCUGUAUGAUGGUGAUUUUGCUGAAGUGGUUAGAAACAAUCUUUUGUGCUGAAGAAACGUUAUAUUUUUUUGUACCCGCCUGUCAUUCGAGUCGGACUUGAACUCAUCCCCCGUGUGGUUGUAUUUCAGACGUAAAAACAAAAGGUUUGUACAAAAGUAGUUCCGCCAACCGGACUUAGCUGGUGUAGUUUGUGUAAGAAACAGAAAAAUCGUAGCGCAACCAGCCACUUAAAGGGCUUUAAUGUCUAUAUAUUUUUCCAAAAUUAAAGUCCCUUCCCACACCCAAGUUAAUAACAUAAAAAAUAUCACCCAUGGAUAGAUAGAUGGCUGUGGGUUUGGAGUGAAUUCAUGGUGUUCUGUUCUUCUAAUGUCGUGACUGAAUAAUUCAUUUUUUUUAACGCAGAGAAAUGUGCACGACUGAAGGUGAACCGAACUGUUGUUGGUUUUUCUUUUGGGACUUUCUUCCAAAGUCAUGUCGAUGGGUUCCUUUUAACAUUGACAUGAUAAGGGUGUUUGUGUGUGUGUGUGUGCGUGUGCGCGUGUCCAUCAUGGCGUUCAUGCUGAGAUGGGAGUAGUGAGAAUUCCACCAAACUACCCUAAAUUCAGCCAACCAUUACAACCUGUCGUAAUGGCCGCCCUCAAUGCAAACAGAUGCAGAUUGCUCUUAAGUCUCUCUGUGUGUGUGUGUGUGUGUGUGUGUGUGUGUGUGUGUGUGUGUGUGUGUGUGUGUGUGUGUGUGUGUGUGUGUGUGUGUGUGUGAAUUGAUGAACAACAUUCUUGGCUUGGCCUGACCCCAAAAGGUUUAGAUUGCACUACAUUUUUCGAUUUUUAUAGGACUUUGACCUUGGCCGAACGUGAUUAAAAAAUUAACUAAAUGUGUGUGGUUGUGUAGUGUGAUUGAGGUUUUACAGGAAGUGGUUACCGCUCAGGUCGUACACAAUGGUUCACGGACGCAAAACAACAUGGGGAAGAAGCAAAGCCCUUUUAUUGAGUGUAUGCAUGCGUGUGCCUUACUGUUCUGUCCUCCGUGGUCAUGUGAUCAAGUGUGCCCUGAUAUUCCAUAGAUUCCUAUUUUUCCUUCCAAGUGUGAGGCUAAUUAGCCGUGAGAAGCCAUUUCGCCACACCAUAUCCAUCGUUUGUGACAUCACAAGUCAGAGUGUCUACGACUGUAUGACAGAUCCACCCCCGGCCUGGCACUUGAAUCCGGUCGACCAAUCGACUCCUUCCAGCCGGUUGGUCACUCCCACGUUGGGAUGUCACACAUUUUUUUAAAUGGCUCUUAAUGGCUUUUCAGCAAGACACCUAGUGGUGAAAUAGGGGUCCUUUAAAAAAAAAAAAAAAAAUGAUAUGUAUCUAAAAAAGAAGAAAGGCAACCAGAUUUGCAUUGUUCUCUGGUCGCAGUGGUCGGAUGGCACAUUCUCCCUGACGACUGGUGUGCAAUGGUGAAUGAAUACAUAGAUGUAUUGUAAGACGGUAACAUCUGUAUUUUCAUCUGUUGAACUCUGCCGGAGUACAACAGGGUAUCAUUCCUAAGGUGUUAAGUGUAUUUUUUUUUUUAAGUACUCUUCCAGAAAUUUGUAUUAAAUCACUAUCCACAUUGAGGAGAUAAUUUGGCGAGGCAUGUAGACCAAGUUAUCGACGUGAAGAACCAAGUAGCCAUUCCCUGGUGUUCAUCACAACUAUCUUUUACUCCUCUAGCUGAUUUGUUUUCUCAAAUCGACAUUACCUUCAACCAAUGAGUUCCGCAUUAUUUCAGACUAUAAUCGAUUGCUUAAAAAAAUCUGGUGAGAAAUGACAGCCAAUCGUAAUCUAUGAAGCUGUUACUGUAAUGCUUGUUUCUAUAGUGAUGGUGACCUCUUUUUGGGGUAUUUUCUUUUUGUUUUUCUCUGAUCUUUUUCUGUAACGUAUAGUGAUGUUAUUUCUGAAACCGUGUUUUUCAUCAUUUACUUUUUGAUAUGUUGUUGAUACCAUGUGUCUUAUCUGUAUGAUGGAAUGGUGAUUUAAAAAAACAAUGUGUACGACGAAUAAUAAAAAAAAAACAUGAGACAUGUAA